AUGGCUGGAACCAAUGAUGUUAAAAUUAAAGGGUUCGAUUUGAGCAACAACAGCGGCAACGCGUCGGGAUUAACCCACUUCGCCAACAGAGCUGACAGAGGCGACAAGGGCGACAAUAAAAUCGAGGUUGAGGAUGCUAAAGCGCAAGGGAACACGGGAAACUUGAAAGUACUUACCGACUUCGCCCAACGCGGUAAUGUGGCCAAGUCGGAUCGCCAAGAAAUACUCAAACCUCAGGCAUGA